ACAUUUUUCCUUUCCAUUCCAUUCCACCCGCUCCUCCUCGCCUCUCCUUCCCCGUGCGCUGCUAUUGCUAUAACAGCUUAGGCUUUAGCUCGCCUCGCCUCCAAGCAAAAUCCCCAUUUCCUUCUCCUCUCCAAACCCUAGCAAAGGCUAUCUCUCUCUUCGCCGCCAUGGAGGAUGACGACGCGGGGGGCGGAGGCGGAGGCGGCGAGGCGUCCCCGCCGCACGCGGGCUCCGCCGCGGCGAUGGCGGGGGCGGGGAGGGACAUCGCGGCGUCGCCGACGAGCUCGCGGUCGGUGACGCAGACGGUGAACGGGUCGCACAGGUUCGUGAUCCAGGGGUACUCGCUGGCGAAGGGGAUGGGGGUGGGGAAGCACAUCGCGAGCGAGACGUUCACGGUGGGAGGGUACCAGUGGGCGAUCUACUUCUACCCCGACGGGAAGAACCCCGAGGACAACUCCGCCUACGUCUCCGUCUUCAUCGCGCUCGCCUCCGAGGGCACCGACGUCCGCGCCCUCUUCGAGCUCACCCUCCUCGACCAGAGCGGCAAGGCCAAGCACAAGGUGCACUCCCACUUCGACCGCUCCCUCGAGUCCGGCCCCUACACCCUCAAGUAUCGCGGCUCCAUGUGGGGUUAUAAAAGGUUCUUUCGGCGGACUGCUCUUGAGACAUCGGAUUUUCUUAAAGACGAUUGCUUAAAGAUAAAUUGUACUGUGGGUGUUGUGGUAUCUACUAUGGAUUACUCAAAGCCACAUUCGAUACAUGUUCCAGAAUCUGACAUAGGCUACCAUUUUGGGACACUGUUGGACAAUCAGGAGGGUGUGGAUGUUAUAUGUAAUGUGGCAGGAGAAAAGUUUCAUGCCCAUCAGUUGGUCUUGGCUGCCCGAUCUUCCUUUUUCAGAUCUGAACUUUUUGAGCAUGAAUCAGAUGAAGAGAAGAAUGAAGUUGAUACUAGCAAUGAAAUCAAAGAGAUUGUCAUUGAUGACAUGGAGCCAAAAGUGUUCAAGGCUGUGCUUCAUUUUAUGUACAGGGACAAUCUUGUUGGUGAUGAUGAGUUGUCUGCAUCAAGCUCGGACUGCUCUAUCUUUGAUACUUUAGCUGGGAAAUUAUUGGCUGCUGCUGACAGAUAUGAGUUGCCAAGACUACGGUUAUUGUGUGAAUCUUACUUGUGCAAGCAUAUUUCUGUAAACUCUGUGGCAACUACCCUAGCAUUGGCUGACCGACAUCAUGCUAUGGAGCUUAAAUCUGUUUGCCUAAAAUUUGCUGCUGAAAAUCUUUCAGAUGCCCUUAUGUAUCUGCAGCUGUAAUCCGGACCGACGGGUUUGAUUACCUCAAAGACAACUGCCCCGCGCUGCAAUCGGAGAUACUGAGGACGGUCGCCGGGUGUGAGGAGGAAUGCAGCAGCGGAGGGAAGAGCCAGAGCGUGUGGGGGCAGCUCUCGGAUGGCGGCGAUACCAGCGGGCGCAGGGUGAGGCCAAGGGUCUGAACACCCAGCCACUGCUAUGCCAAAAGCGGCUUGUUUUAAAGUGUAACUGUGUAAGCGAAUUGCUGCUGUACAAAUGGGACGGCUAAUUGGUUUGUGGCGACAUUUAAAAUAAUAGCAUCAGUCUGUUAUACUACCCCUACAUUCGUUCAAAUUUCAAUAGCUGGUUUGGGCAGUAGCUCCGCAGAUGGAAGGGAUUAUGUUUAGUGAUCUGAGACAGUGAUGUGUAGUCAGUAGUCAGCUAUUCUAGUUUCGAUUUGCAAUUUAUAAACUUCAGUUUUUAGCCUGCUGA